AUGAUUGCAUAUAGUGUUAUUGUUGCUUAUGAAGCUAUUCACACAACGCAGUCCAAAAUGAAGGGUUCAAAAGGAUUUAUGGCUCUUAAGAUGGACAUGAGCAAAGCUAACAACAGAUUGGAGUGGUCAUUUCUUGAAACAGUAAUGAGGAAGAUAGGCUUCAAUAGCAGAUGGAUUGCUCUAAUUUUAAGAUGUGUUUCUACUGUCUCUUAUUCGUUGUUAAUCAAUGGCAUUCCACAAUCUAAUUUUCAACCAUCUCGUGGAAUUAGACAGGGUGAUCCUCUAUCACCCUAUCUAUUCAUUUUAUGUUCAGAAGCUCUUACUCAGUUGAUCAAUAAGGCAGAGUUGGCUAGACAAAUUACUGGGAUUCCUAUUGCAAUGGGUAAAUUGUAUAUCACUCAUCUUUUUUUGGCAGAUGAUUGCAUGCUUUUCUAUCAGGCAGUAGAGAUGGAGUGGAGGAAGAUGUUGGAGAUUGUUAAUCAAUAUGAGGAAGUUUCUGGCCAGAGAAUUAACAAAAACAAGUCUUCUCUCUUCUUUAGUAAAAACACCAACCUCUCUUCCAAGAACUUCUUAACCAGCAUGGCAGGGAUUAGAGGAACAAACUCACAAGAUAAAUAUCUAGGCCUUCCAGCUUUGGUUUGUAGAUCAAGAUGCAAAGAGUUCAAGGCCAUUCUAGACAGAGUUAGCACUAAAAUGAACCAUUGGAAGCACAAAUUCCUAUCACAAGCAUGGAGAGAGAUUAUGCUUAAAGUUGUUAUUCAAGCAAUUCCCACUUACUCAAUGAGAGUUUUUAAACUUCCUAAAUCUUUAUUGAGGCAACUUUACAGUUUGAUUAAAGGAUAUUGGUGGGGUCUACUUAAAUAUUUUCCCAAGUCUGAUUUUCUUAAUGCAAAAGUGGGAAGUAACUCAUCUUACAUUUGGAGAAGUAUUCUAUCUGCAAGAGAGCUUCUAAAAGUUGGUCUUCACUGGAGAAUAAGAAAUGCGAAGUCAAUGAGAAUAUGGUCUGACCCUUGGUUGCCACAACCUACAACUUUCAUACCUCAAAGUGGUAACAAAUCAUUGGGAGAAGAAGCUAAGGUGGAAGCUCUAAUGAUAUCAGAUGGCAAGGAAUGGAAUCUUCCAUUAAUUAAUGAGAUUUUUUGCAGCAGAGAAGCUGAGCUAAUCAAGCAGUUACCAAUCAGCCAUAGUAAUCAACCAGAUAAAUUGAUAUGGAGAAACAAUGCAAAUGACUGCUUUACAGUGAAAAGUCCUUAUCAUUUACAAGGGGAUUUACAACAUAAGGAAAAAAGCCAAAGUUCUUUCAUCAAUAAUAAGAGGGACCAACAGUGGACAAAAUUAUGGAAGAUGAACUUACCUCCUGCAGUUAAGAACUUUCUUUGGAGAGCUUGUCAAAAUAUAUUGCCUACAAAAAACAAUCUGUACAAGAGGAAAGUUUUGGAUAUUCCUAUAUGUCCAAUGUGCCUUAGUGAGCCUGAAACAGUUGAGCAUAUUUUGUGGGAAUGUGCCUCAGCAAAUGAUGUCUUGAGCCAACUUUUCAGGACAAUUCAGAAAACAAGAAUUGUAGCAAAUUUUGGAGUUGAAUUAGGCAUGAGGAGGAUCAUUCUUGAAGGAGAUUCCAAAAAGGUAGUCACUGAAUUCAACCUCAAGAAGCAUAAUGGGAGUUACUUUGGGAUGAUCAUUAGUGAUGUUCAAGCUACAAUGACAAAGUUGGAAGCAUGUAGAGUCAGUCAUGUGCACAGGGAAGGCAAUUAUAUUGCCCAUAAUAUAGCUAAGGCUGCUUUAUAUGUAUCUGAUUACGUUGUUAACAUGGAGGAAACUCCAUUGUUUUAUCACUUCUUGUAA